CUGCAAACUCACACACAGAAGUGCUAAAGAGAAGAGCAUUGCUGCACACAUCUCUGAACUGUAAGUCCUCGACUCACUCACUGACGCAUGAUGGAGAGAGAAGACGGGACGCCAAACUUCCACAGACUGAUCUCAGCGGAGAGCUGUAGCUCGGAUCUGUCCAGCGACUCGUGUGAAUACUAUCAGACGGAGAUAUUCGGUCUGUUGCCGAGCUCACAGGCUCACCCCAGCCUCCACCUCCGAGAUCUGCCCGUCUGUCUGCAGGACAAGAUGGACAGAGUGUCCUGGAACCCCAGCGUCCCGCUCCGAGAUCUGCCCGUCUGUCUGCAGGACAAGAGAGAGCUCCGAGAGCGGCAGCACCUGCAGAGAAGCAACAUUGACUCCUGGGACUCGUGGAGGCAGAGCCAGCAGAAAACAAGGCGGCGCUUAAAGGAGCAUGUGGGCGGGGCCGUAUCAGGGCUGUUGCCGUGGAGACACACGCUCCAUAAGAUUGAAGGUCAGUUUGGGGUCGGGGUGAAGGCGUACUUCGUGUUCCUGCGUUACCUGCUGUGUCUGAACCUGCUGUACUGCGUCAUUAUCAUCGGAUCGGUGCUGACGCCGACUCUGGUGUCCAGAGCACAGGACUCAAGUACUCACAGAUCUCAGGGAUUCCAGAACUUCUCGUUCAAAGACAUUUUUUUCGGAUCUGGUGUUCUUGAAUCCUCCCCAGUCUUUUAUGGUUUCUACACUCAUAGGUCUCUUCAUUUGGAUUGUUUAAACACUCCGAUCCUCUUUCUCCUUGGUAUGAUCUCUGUCCUCUUCCUCAGCAUCAUCAUGUUGGUUCGCAGGACAGUGGUUGGUUACAAACACUCAUGGCUCACAGGAAAUCGCUUCAGUUCCAACUUGAGUUACAAGGUCUUCUGUGGGUGGGAUUUCUGCAUCCAGAACCCUCAAGCAGCAUUACUGAAACACAACUUCAUCCGAAACGAACUCAGGAUGGAUCUAGAAGAGCAGACGUUUCAACAGAGAGUCCAGCAGCGAUCGCUCAAACACUGGGUUCAGCUCAUCUUCCUGCGGAUACUUCUGAACUUCCUCGUUCUGGUUCUUCUGGGAAGCUCAUUUGCCCUGAUAUAUUUUGCCAUACAACAGAAAACUAAGUGUGAGAAUAAUUGGACUGCGUGUACGAUGUUGGAGUAUCUUCCUCCGAUCACAAUGACGACAGUAAACUACAUACUUCCACAUGUAUUCAGUAAGAUCUCAGAGUUUGAAGAUUACUCGCUCACCAUUCAGCUGAACCUCACACUAAUCAGGAGUAUUUUCCUUAAGCUGUCGUCUUUGGCCAUCUAUCUGGUCUUCUUUAUUAUGGCUACAGAAAAACACAAGGUUUAUCAGUGCAGAGAGAAUGAGUUUGGGAAGGAGAUGUACAAACUCACCAUCUUUAACCUCUUGGAGUGUUUCUUCAAUGCAUUUUGUGUGGCCUACCCAAGAGUGUUAUUGGUGGAGAGCUUUCCAUCCUCAAAGCUGGUGCAGUUAUUAGGCAAGAAGCAGUUUGAGAUCACCUUCAAUGUUCUGGAUCUGGUCUACAUUCAGACAGUCAUUCUGGUUGGUGUAUUUUACUGUCCUCUACUGCCAGCCAUCAACACUGUCAGGCUGCUGCUCCUCUUCUACGUCAAGAAGUUCACAGUGGUGCGGUGUUGUGUUCCGCCUCAGAGAAUGUUUCGGACCGCCAGUUCAUCUGUUCUCUUCCAUUUCAUGCUGUUGUUGGGUCUCUUCAUGGCUGUGGUCACAUUAGUUGUCAAUAUCAACAGGUUUGAAAAGAGUACCUGUGGCCCGUUUGAAGGCAACAGGACUCUGUUUAAAGUGACCAGUGUGUGUAUAAACACACUUCCCAUUCCAGUCCAGACCACCAUCGGCUACAUGUCAUCUGAGGCCUUUGCCUUCGCUCUCAUACUGGCUGAAGUUGUCAUACUGACAUCGUACGUGUCUCGUGGACGAGCGAAUCGUAAAGCCAUUGAGAGACUGAAGGACAUGUUGGUGAUGUGUAGCUCUGAUAAACGCUUCCUGGUGAAGCAGCACUCAACGAUCAUGAGACGACAGCAGAGACCACGCUAACAUCACGUAAAAAAAAAAACGAUAAAACUGAAACAAAUGGUAACUUUAAAACUUCCUCUUUGUUUAAAAAUGACAAGAAAUUAAACUGCUCUAACAACUUGAUCUGAAGCUACUCAGCAAAAAUGGCCGUUGUGUUUAUAAGUGUCAUGAAAAACUAAAUUACUCCUGCUUAUAUAUAAAUGGACAUCGGGGGAAAUUAAAAUAAAUUCACCAAAUGUAUGAUACGAGUCUUUUAAAGUUGAGGAAGUGGCAAGAUUUGCACCGAUUUCAUCUCAUUCAGAGCUUUAUUUUCUGUACCUCUUUAUUUCUGUACACUUUAUUUUGUGUAUCCUGUGGCUCAGUGGUAGAGCAUUGUGUUAGCAGUGCAAAAGGUCAUGGGUUCAAUUCCCAGAGAACACACAUACUGGUAAAAAAAUUUAAUAAAUGUAUAGCCUGAAUGCACUUUCAGUCGCUUUGGAUAAAAGUGUCUGCUAAAUGCAUAAAUGUAAACUGACCUCUGGGUUUAUUAUAUCAGGUCAAAGUUCACCUAAAUGUCAGUUUAAUGCGUAAAGGCCUGUUUACACCAGUAAUGAUUGUGAUCUGUUUAUUACAGGCGUGCUGCAGUUUUGCUGUAUGUCACUUUAAAUGCUUUUAAAGUCUAAUGGAUUUUGAUUGUCUGUCAAUGUUUUUAUUGUUCAUCAGAUGGAAAAUAAUUGCUUUGAAAGUGAUUCCAACAUCGUUCCUCUGUAGUUAUCAUUAUACAGAAGGUGUGGAAAUGUUUUAGUUAUAUUCACUGUCCUCUGUGUGAACGGGCUUUAAAUAUCAGCAUGUAUCAGUACUGUAAAGUAUGUUUAUAUUCUGUGAUGUCUGUGCAAACAUUUUAGCAAUUUGUGUGGUAGUGUCUUUAAAUUUUAAAGCUCUUGGUCAGUAUUAUUAAUCACACAUAAUAUAAUAAUUUUGUUAUGCUUUAGUGUGUGUAUUUCAGUUAAUUUGAUAAUAUAUUCUAACAAUAAAGUGUUAUAUUAGUAUCA